AUGGCCCGUUCCAAUCUUUUCUACUACCUCUUCGCCGUCCUGGUCGUCCUGGCUGUCGUCGCCAAUGCUAGACCGACAAGCCCUCAGCCUGACACUGGAAAUGUCGGCGCCAUGCCAGGCAUGGCCACUGCAUUGAAAGGUGGCGCCCAAGACAAUGACAACGCACCUAAAGACGUCAUGGCCGACAAAGAGGCGGCGUAUGAGGAGGACAUGGAGAAAGCCCUGGAAGCAGCAUCCAAGGCUGCUGCGAAGGCCACUCCUACCGUCGCUGGCCUCCGUCCUACCCCUGGCGUACCCACUACGGCUCCUAGCCAGACAUCGGCCAAGCCGCAGCCAGCUGCACAGGCCAGUCCCUCGGAAUCUGCGUCAGCGAAGCCGAAGAGCAUGCUGUCCAACUUGCCUCUUGUUGGAAGUCUGGUGGAAGGUCUGCCUCUCCCAAUAUAG